AUGUAUGAUGCCGGUAUUGCUUUUAAUGCAGUUAAAUAUCCGAGUUUUGGGCCCGUGAUUGAAUCUAUUGGGCAAUAUGGCCCGGGCAUGAAACCGCCAAGUUACCAUGAGACACGGGUCACCUAUUUGAAGAAGGAGGUGAUUAAUGUAAAUACUUUGAUGAAGGAUCACAAAGAGGAUUGGGUGAAAUAUGGAUGCUCUAUAAUGGCGGAUGGAUGGAAUGAUAGGAAUCAGAGGAGCUUAAUCAAUAUUUUGGUGAAUUGUCCAAAGGGCACAAUGUUUAUCGAGUCCAUCGAUACCUCAAACUAUUCUAAGGAUGGAAAAAGGUUGUUUGAACUUUUUGACAAGUAUGUGGAACUCGUCGGUGAAUCCAAUGUAGUCCAAAUUGUCACAGAUAGUGCCUCGGCUAAUGUAUCGGCUGGAAAGUUUUUGCAAAGAAAGCGACCAAAUCUUUAUUGGACACCAUGUGCGGCCCAUUGCAUUGACUUGAUGUUGGAAGAUAUUUUCAAGAUACCACAUCUUAAGGCGGUUUUUGAAAAGGCCAUUAGGUUUAAUGGUUAUAUUUAUGCCCGUCCAGGCGUAAUUAAUAUGAUGAGGCGAUUUACCGGAGAAAAGGAAAUGGUGAGGCAUGCAAAAACAAGAUUCGCAACUGCUUUCCUCACUUUAUCUAGGAUUCAUCAGCAAAAGAACAAUUUGAGGAAGACGUUCAUUUCAGAAGAAUGGACAUCUAGCAAAUGGGCAAAGGAGCAGUUAGGCAAAGAAGUGGCAAGAUAUGUUAUGAUGGCUUCUUUUUGGAAUAAUAUUGUCUAUGCUCUUAAGGUCUCUGGUCCUCUUGUGAAGGUGUUGAGAUUGGUUGAUACCGAGAGAAAGCCUCCCAUGGGAUACAUCUAUGAGGCUAUGGAUAGGGCAAAAGAAGCCAUGGCCAAAUCAUUUGGUGAAAAGGUUGAAAAAUAUCAAGACAUCUAUGCUAUUAUUGACAAUAGGUGGGCAAUCCAAUUGCAUCGUCCUUUGCAUGCUGCGGGACAUUUUUUGAAUCCGGAGUUCUUUUACUCAAACCCACAAGUUGAGCAAGAUGUUGAGGUUAUGACAGGGAUUUACGAUUGCAUAACAAAGUUGAUUGCAGAUGAAGAGAUACAAAAUAAAAUCGCUUCUGAGAUGACUGUUUACAUGAAAGCUGAGGGACUUUCUUGACUGCCACUAGCAAUUAGGCAAAGAAAUACAAGGGCACCUGCUGAUUGGUGGGUUGCAUAUGGUUCUACGACGCCUAAUUUGCAAAAGUUUGCGAUAAGAGUUCUUAGCCUUACAUGUAGUUCUUCCGGUUGUGAACGGAAUUGGAGUGUAUUUGAACAUCUCCAUAGCAAAAAAAGAAAUAGGCUCCAGCAAAAACGCCUCAAUGACUUGGUGUUUGUCAAGUAUAACAGGGCACUAAAACGUCGAUAUGAUAUGCGAGAUACAAUUGAUCCCAUUUCUUUGACAAAUGUUGAUGAAAGCAAUGAGUGGUUGCGUGGGAGGAUGGAUGGAGAAUCUGAUGAAGAUAAUGAGCAGGUGUUUGGUGAUGAUAGUUUAACGUGGGGUGAUGUUGCUAGAGCUUCUGGAGCGUUAGAGAGUUCCAAUGUAACUAGAGCUACAACAUCAAGAGCACGAGCAAGGAGUGCCACAUCCAAUCCAAUUGAUUUGGUAGAUGAAGAAGAGGCAGGUUCCGAAGAGACGGAAGAAGAGGAAGAUGACGAGGAAUACAAAUCCGUUGGUGAAGAAGAAGAUGAUGACGAUUUUCUUGGUGUUGAUAUGGACGAUGAUUAGUAAACUAUAUCCUCCUUAGGAUGAUUGAAGUGCAACUAGGAAAAGUACUUGGAUGCUUGUCUUUUAUUGAUUUUGACGUUUUAGUUUGUCUCUAUAUGAGAUCGGUAGCUAUUUGACAUUUCAUGAAUAUUUUUAUGUAUCUUUUGGAUGGUAAACUCAUUGGCUUAGUGCUUA